AUCCAAAUCCUACGGUUUUUAUAAAAUUAUAUCCAUUCAGUUUAUAUGGUAUAUACCAAAACCAAACCAUAUUGUCUAUUUUGGUUCGGUUCGGUUCGGUACGGUUCGGUUUUACCAUAUUGAACAGCCCUAAGCAAAUCCUAAUUUUAUAUCCUCAUACUUAUUUUCAACUUAUCUAUAUAUUGUAUGUAUCAAUGAAAUUUAUGUUUUGUUAACAAUCUAUGACAUUUAUGUUGCUUGAAAAAUCACGAAGCUGAAUAAAAAGAGCUUUAUGCAUUAUAACUUUUGCCUUCAAAUUGGCUUUAAACUUAAAACAAAGUAUUAUAAAUAUUCCAAAAUUAAAAAUAAACAAGAAAGUAAAAGCAGAACAGUAUGAAAGCCCUAGAAAAUAUCAUAUAAUACUCGAUUAUAAAUACAGUGUUAUAGGGAAUCUCCAAAUCAAAAUUCUGUUACUAAAACACGUUUUUGGGGUCCACUUUCACUUGUUUUUUUUUUCUUUACAAAUUAGAAAUGUUAAAUAAAAGUUUGAGAUAAAUAUCAGAAUUUUAUUGUUUUAAAGGGGGUAAGCAAAACAUCUUUUGCGGAUUUACAUGACUACAUCAUAAAAACACGCAGCUUUUUCCUGUAGCCGUCAAUAAGGAUGCUUCAGAAAUGGAAACCUAGUGGUGACGAAAGUGGUGGUCCAGAUAGAGAUUUACCAAACUCUCGCGAUAUGUUUUCUGGCAACUUUCCUGAGGGUUUGCGGGUGCUAUUGUUUGAUGAAGAUCGAAUAUAUCUUCAAAUAUUGGAGAAACAUCUCGAAGAGUUUCAAUACGAAGUGACUACAUGCCACGAAGAGGAAAGAGCUACGUAUCUACUCUGCAACCAUAGAAAUAUGUUCGACAUUGCUAUAAUCGAAGCACACAAUCUAGAGGGGAAAAUAUUCCGGUUAAUCUCGGAAAUUCGAUCUGAAAUAGAUAUUCCAAUCAUUAUAACAUCCCAAGACGAUUCAAGAGAAUCUGUGACCAAAUGGAUGAGGAACGGUGCAUGUGACUAUCUCAUAAAACCGAUAAGACCAGAAGAUCUACGUUUGAUUUAUAAAUACUUGGUAAAGAAGAUGGAACUAAGGGGUAUCACGGUUGCCGAAGAGGCAGAAGAGAAAGCAGCAGCUGAGAAGUCAUCCUCUGUGGGAGAUUCCACCAUAAGAAGCCCUAACAGGAGAAAAAGAAACAUGUUACAAACAGACGAGGAUCCAGAUCAUAAUCGUGAUUCCGCCACCAAGAAAAGGCGAGUGGUGUGGGAUGAUUAUCUUAACGGCAAGUUUUUGGAUGCAGUGAAUUCCCUUGGCAACAAUGAUGUUGUUCCCAAGAAAAUUUUGGAGAGGAUGAAUGUUAGUAGCCUCACCCGAGAAAACGUAGCCAGCCAUCUCCAGAAAUUCCGGAUGGGUCUGAAGAAGAAGAAUGACAAAAACAAAAGCGACGAGAGAAGUCUACCGUUAAUUACUCCACAAGAACGAGGAAUGUCUAGUGGAGAAAUAUCAAACGAGCUCUACAGAGGACUAAAUGUCCAGUUUCCAACACAUCAUGUCAACAACAUUCCUCAACCGUCUUAUUUUCAACAGCACAACACAAACCUUAAUCUCAUGACGCAACGCGUGUCAUCACCUCCUGGAAAUCAUUAUGAUAGACUCUCUGUUGCGUCUUCCAGUAAAAAUCUAGUGACGACUCACCAACAUCACACUUCUCAUCAAAUCUCAGAGUUCCCAUGCAAUGAUCAGAGCAUAGAAGAAAGAUUGGUUUAUUACGAGGAGGACGAGGACGAUGGAGUUAGGAACUUGAUCACUGACUGGUUCACGCAAAUCCCGGACCAGAUAAAUCUGUUCCCCUUAGAGGAGUCGGUGAUAGCGACUACAAUGCGUUUCAACGAUGAUCAGGUGUCAGCCAAUCAACAAGAGCCGAUGUACGUUCAUGAGCCAUCCAUGAUGCAUAUACCUUCACUUCCUUCAUCUCUCACACAUAAUCCCUUUCUUGAUCAGAAAGAAAAUAUACAAUUGGUGGAUUUACCUCGACAACAAUUAUUCCAUGAACAGCAACAUGCUAACCUAGCAAAUGAGAAUAGGUUUCCUGAAACUAAUCCAGGAACGGGAUCUGCAAGAAUGGAUAAGAUGGAUCAAGACACGGACCAAGCAUGAAAACGACUUACAAAUAAGGAAAUGAAGUCCGACAUUAUAGUUUAUUAUUGAUAUUAUAUAUUACUUUUAGAGUUUAGAGUUCUAUAUACAUUCCAGCUGAUGCCUUGCUUUCUCUUCUUCUUUUUUGUAGUUGCUUGUGUAGCUUGCCUUUUUCUAGCGUUUUAUAUACUUUUCUAGGGUUUAGAAUUUUAUAUACAUUCUAGUUGAUUCCUUUUUUUCUAGGGAUUGCUUGUGAUGCGUGUCAACAAUCAGUUUGCUUUAUUUACAUUUGAAUAAUAACUUGUUUUUUUGUCAGUGGUUUCAGUAUUUAACUAACAUAUGGUCGUGGUAAGCUCAUACCUUUUAAAUGUAGUCACCAAACUCUUUUCUUUUUGAUUAAAUUUGCCCAUUCCAUUCUUUGCAUCUGUCGAAAAUAUAAAUUAAAGAUAAAACAGUAUAAGCAAAAGAUAAACGACCAAAACAAACCAAAUAUGCGAUUUUUUGUGCGACUGAUCUUAAAAACACACUCUGGGCGGGAUCUUUGCCGUAAAGUGAACAAACAACUCUUAAUAAAAUUAUAAAGGCCUGAGAUAUCACAACCUUUCUUUGAUUUCCUCCGCAAUCCAAGAACUACAUUCAUUCAACAACUGACCCUAAAAUUCUACUACAAAUAUAACCAAAACAAAAGAGACGUACAUAUAUAAUUUGAAAAUACCAAACUACGUACUAACAAAAAAGAAGGGAAAACGGUACCGAUGCCAUUGUUUGCAUUCAACUUAAAGAAAAACAAAAGGUAUCUAUUCGACCAAAUAUAAUUAAAUUCCCAUAUUUUCUUUCAGUAAAAACAAUCUCAAACGUGAUCCAAAUCUAAAUCGACACAAAGAAGUUUUGACAUAAACCGUUCAUCGAUUAUACCAUAUAAAACAUUUCGUGUACACAUAUGGUCAUUGAGUUCCAGCAUGUUGCUUUAUCCGUGAUGAGAUCGCCAAAAUUUUAUUAAAGAAAUGCUUGCUCAUCUCCACGGUUAAUCGCAACGCUACAACAAACCUACAUACUAUAAUACUAAUCAAACCCAAAUAUUGAUAUAUGGUGUAAGCAAAGUGGAAAAUGAUUAAUAGGUAUCUCAAAUGUCCGUGAAUAUUUUUACAAUUUCGUCCAUUUUAGACCCAAAUUUGAAAAGAGAAUCAAAGUCUAGGAAAACGAGUAAUUAAAUGCAAAAGUAAGGUAACUAAUUACCAACCCGUGCAGUGGUGAUAUUUCAUCUUAAAAAUCUGCUCAUUGAGUUUGGGUUUGCUGCCUUAUCCGUGGUGAUUUUUUUAUCGAAAUGUGUUCAUCUCCAUAUAUAAUCAGACGCACGCUACAACAAACCCAAAUGAAAUAUUAAUAAAUGAAAUGGCUUUCUACCCCCAACCUAAAAAAUUGUUCAUAAAUAACAAAUGAAAAAUCACAAAUGUAGUAACUGAAAAUACUCAAGUUCGUCAACUUCACACCCAAAUUGAAAAGAGAACUUACCAAACAUAAAAAAAAAAA